AUGAGCGAUGAAACAGCUAAAAUCUCGGGGGAGGUGCUCAGGAAAAACCAAAGAACGUCUAUGAUCAUUUCCGUCACUGGCUUUGAUGUUUUCGUCGAAAUUGACGGUGAUGGCCCUUAUAUGAUCAUGACGCACGGACUGGGAGCCAAUACAAAUGUCUUCUAUCCGCUUAUGGAGAUAUUUAACAAGACUCACACCGUUGUACGAAUCGAUUGGCCGGGUCAUGGACAUAGCGGUCUGAACCAUGUGGCGGAGAAAGUGACAAUGUCGGUCCUUGUGGCGAUACUCCAGGGCGUGAUGGACCAUCUCACCAUUUCUACAGCUAUCUUGGUGGGACAUAGUGCAGGUGGUAUCGUCAGCAUGAUGUUUGCUGCCCAGUAUCCACGUCGGGUGGACGCCAUGGCUGUCAUCGGAGCUGGUAGGACUAAAGCAGUCAAAUCUCCUGCCAAGAGCUUUACGCUGCAACUCUCUCACGCAGCCCGAUCGAGGGGUCUUUGUUGGCACGUUGACGAGAGGGUGGAUUAUAACAUACCACCUGGAACUGUCGGGCUUUCUCGCGCCUUGCUCCGAGCUGUUACCUCUCAAACCGAUCCAGAGGGCUAUGCGCAGAUGUGCGAUGCUUUAUGUGACGACAGUCAUGUUGAUCCCGACUAUUCACUGAUCAGCUGCCCCACAUGUGUGAUAGGAGGGCUAGAGGAUAAUAUUUCACCAGUUCAUGUUACAGACGAGCUUGUUGGGUUGAUCGCAAGUUCUGGGAAAGCUCCACUUCGGUACCUCUUCAACACCGGCCACAUGAUGAUCAUUGAAGAUGUACAUGGCACUGCUUCGGCAAUAGAUGAUCUACUCAAACAGCUUCGCUGA